AUGGAGCUGACUGAAUUGCUCCUCGUGGUCAUGCUCCUUCUAACUGCAAGACUAACUCUGUCCAGCCCGGCUCCUCCUGCCUGUGACCCCCGACUCCUGAAUAAACUGCUUCGCGACUCCCGCAUCCUUCACGGCAGACUGAGCCAGUGCCCAGACUUUAACCCUCUGUCCACACCUGUCCUGCUGCCUGCGGUGGACUUCAGCUUGGGAGAAUGGAAAACCCAGACGGAGCAGAACAAGGCACAGGACGUUCUGGGAGCAGUGACUCUCCUGCUAGAGGGAGUGAUGGCAGCACGGGGACAACUGGGACCCACCUGCCUCUCAUCCCUACUGGAGCAGCUCUCUGGACAGGUCCGCCUCCUCCUCGGGGCUCUGCAGGGCCUCCUGGGAACCCAGCUCCCUCCACAGGGCAGGACCACAGCUCACGAGGAUCCCAACGCCAUCUUCCUGAGCUUCCAACAGCUGCUCCGAGGAAAGGCGCGUUUCCUGCUGCUUGUGGCAGGGCCCACCCUCUGUGCCAGGCGGGCCCUGCCCACCACAGCUGUCCCAAGCAGUGCCUCUCGAUCCCUCAUACUGAACAAGCUCCCAAACAGGACUUCUGGAUUGCUGGAGAGAAAUGCCAGUGCCUCAGCCAACACUACUGGCUCUGGACUUCUGAACAGACUGCCGGGACUCAGCGCCAAGAUUCCUGGUCUGCUGAACCAAACCUCGAAGCCCCUGGGCCAAAUCCCUGGAUCCCUGAACGGGACGCAUGGACCCUCAAAUGGAACUCAUGGACUCUUUCCUGGGCCCUCACCCAGGGCCCCAGGAGCCUCAGACAUCCCCCCAGCAACUUCAGACACCAGUUCCUUGCCACCCGACCACUGGCCUGGAUAUUCUCCCUCCCCAGCCCAUCCUCCUACUGGACAGUACAUGCUCUUCUCGCCCUUGCCCACCUCACCCACCCCCUUGGUCCAGCUCCAUCCCUAG